CUGUACUAAAAAAAAAGUUAAGAGUCAACAAUUGUGCGACGUGCUUUUUAGUUAAAACAUGAAAAAUAUGAAGCUCUAAAGUUAAGAAACUUAAAAGUGAAGUUUUUAGUUUUACGUUAACUGCGAAAUAGUAAAGAACAUGAAAAAGCUUCUCUUGUUAGGAAUUUUAGUGAUUUUAGCAAAAAAUUCUUUUGCUCAAGAUGAUGAAGAAGGCAAUGAAAGUGAACAAAUAGAAAUAGAAGAUCCCGAAGGAAAUGUAGAAGAUCCCGAUGAAGAUGAAAAAGAGAAACCUCUUCAUAAAGGAUGCCGAGGAUGUCGUCCAAUGAAUUACUUGAAAAAAUUCCCUUGUCACGAUUUGGAAGGAGUUUGGUUCUACACAGCAAUCUACGAUGAGCUUAAUCCAGGUCCUCAUAAAAAUUGUCUCCAAAUUGAGUUUAAAUUCGUGAAUUGUUCAACUUUUGACGUUACUUUAUGCCAUCAAGAUGAAGCAGGAGAAGCAAAAUGCAUGAUAGGAGCAACUUUUGUUUCUGUCGAUCAUGUUUCUCCAACUGGGCAUGGAAUGGUUUUCAUUCCAGAUCUGCCAAUUAAGUACGAUGUUUACUUAUUAGACAUCGUCAAAGACGAAUAUGCGAUUUUUUAUAGUUGCAAAAAAUACGAUGACGAUACGCAAUUUGAAGAAUAUUUCAUUUUGACACGAAAAGGUGUCAUUUACGAGAAUGACGGAUCAAAAUGGACCCAAAUUUUAGCUCAGAAUGGAUUGGAUGCUUCUAAAAUGUCGCUUUAUAAACAAGGAAAGGGAUGUAAUUAUAAAUUAGAGCCGUCUUUUUAAUGGAAAUUUUUGGAAUUUAUUAAAGAUUUUCAUUGAAAAAUCUAAAAAAUGCUUUUUUAGCACCUAAAAUAUUAAAAAAAAAAUAAUUUUUGAUAAAAUUUUUGAGAUAAGAAUUGGAAAAACUUACACAUCAUCUUCUUGAACUGUAAUGCGAAUGUAUCUGACAUCAACUUCCGCUUGAUCUAUAACUUCCAUGACUCGUUUUCGAACAUCACGAUUUGAAGUGAUCUUUUUUUCGCGUGACAUUAAGGUAUAGUAUUCCUCAGAAUUGCCAUCUUCUAAAUUUUUACAACCCCAAACGAUAGCAAAGUUUUUGUAGUCUGUGUCG